UUUUUAGCUUUUUAAUGUAAACCCAUUGGAUAUUAUCGUGCGUCGGGAUAUACAGAUAAUAUAAGAUGAUCGAAAUUAUUAUCAUCAUAUUUGUAUUAUGUUUAAACUUAAUUAUAUUAAAGGUUUUUAUAAAAAUGUGCAUAUCUUAUAGAAGAAGUAACAACAACACAGGAAACAGUAACAGCAACCAAACACAAAUGGAAAGAAAUAUUGAAACGACAGAGAGAAUGCCACCUACAAUCCGAGAUAUUGAACAAAUACCACCACCUAAUUACAAUCAAAUAGUUUCAAAUUAUAAUGAAUUUACAACUAACAAAAUAGCAUUAUAUGAUGGUUUACCAAGCUAUGAAGAAGCAAUCACAAAAAAAGAUACAACACUUAUUGGCAACGAAAGAUCAACAUCAAUAUUUACAAUUACAUUAGGUGAAUCGACGGAAGUUAUGGGAAGGCACUAAAUUACAUAGAAUACGGAAAAGAGUUUUAUCUAUGCAACAGGCAAAUCAUAUUAAACAGACGUUAUUAAAAAAAAAACUACCGGUCUGCACACGUAGCAUGUACAUGAAGUUACAUUACAAAAAAAAAACACACCCAAUAGAAAAUGAUAAAGGUACAAGAGAUUAGAUAAGCUGUAACGGUGUUAUAUUGGAUAUAUAUAUGUAUGCCUUUAAUCGUAUAUGAAAAAUAUUGCAAUAUUAUAUUAUGUUAAGAUAUAAGCUUGGUUGAAUUAAUUAAUGCAGUUGUACCUACGUUAUGUAGGUACCCAUACUUAUAUUUUUAAACUAUAAAAUAUUGCCGUUUUUACUAAUAAUUUUGGAGUACUUAUUUGGAAUUUUAAUAAACGGGAAAGUAGAAGGCAGGUUAUUAAAUAUACUUACAAAUGUAAUAGAAACUAAGAGAAAAUUUCUUUAUAAAAAUUCUCACAUCAAAAUUUUUUAGAGCUGUUAUAAAAAAUACUGUAGACUUAAAUUCCCAAAAACAAAAACAUUUUUGUAAGCUUUUUUUCAUUUAGAAAUUUAUUCAAGGCGUUUUCAUUUGAUUUUAUAAUUUCACAUUACUGAUAGAUUUUUAAUAUUAUAAGAAACUUUAAAUAAUAGUUCUAACAAAAUGUUUAUAUUUGCCUACUAUUUAAAAACAGAUUUACCCAAAGACCUCAAAACUAAAAUAGAUUUUGAAUUCAUAUGCAAAUCACUAUGCACAUAUAUGUAUAAAAUUUAGUGUGAAAUAAACUGAAGUUAAAUUCUCGAAAUUACUUUUUUAUUUUUAAUAUUGAUAAUUUUAAUUUGUUUUUAACUAUCAUUAUUUAAAAUUUCCACAUUACAACAUUUCAGGGCACUCAAAAAUAUUAUAUUAAAUUUUUUUUAGCCAUGUACAUAUUUUUAUUCUCGGAUUUAAAACAUCCAUUAACAAUUUUUAUCCCAAUUAUUCUAAAUUUUUUUAUUAAACCAUCAUUUUUGAAAUCAGGAUUAACUUCAGUGACUUUCAAAUAGAAUUUUAAGAGUAAAUUUUGUAUUAAAAUAUUGACUUUUGAACAGCAACACAUUUCGAUUAAAGUUUAAAUUUUCAUAAAUGUGAAAUUAGAACGUUAUUCAUGUCACGUACUCAAUUUUACAAAGCCACCUACAUAUAAAGAACUAGACAAAAAUUUUGUUUGAACUUUUUUAUGAACAUUUUACUUAAAAAUAAUUCAACUUAAAUCGAGUACAUACAGUUUUACGUCAUCAAUUGAUUUUUAAUAUGUAGAUUAAAAAUUAUUUGUUCGAAAAAUUCGAAUUUUUUUUCAAAGCACAAAUCCUUUGAUAUGGAUUGACGUAAGCAAAUUUAUACCCUUUUUUAAACAAUGUUUUUUAAGAUAUCAAUAAUUUCCAGUUUUAAAUAAAUUUUCAAGAUGUGCGAAAAAAAAUAAUUUAACUUCAU